CUUCAUCUUCAUCUUCGGAAUCUCCAAGAAACUCAAAAUGGACCCUUUGGAAGACCUCCUCGUCGACGUUGAACCACUUCCGGCAGCCGCCGAUGACGCUGAAGAGGAACUCGAAUGGCUUUCAAACAAGGACGCCUUCCCUUCCCUUGAAGCAUCCUCCAUCGACUUCCAGUCAACGUCGCCGUCUGCUCCGCGGCUUUUCCCAGGGAAGCCGCGAAGCCAAGGGAAGCGCCGGCGGCGGCGGGAGUUUUUAGGGUUUGGAGCGGCGGCGGAGAAGAAGACGGAGAAAAGGAAGUGCAAGCACUGCGAAACCGAGGACACGCCGCAGUGGAGGGCCGGGCCUGAAGGCCCGAAAACUCUUUGCAACGCUUGUGGUGUGAGGUUCAAGAGUGGCCGUCUCGUGCCGGAGUAUCGGCCGGCGUUGAGCCCUUCUUUCUCGCCGGGGAUUCACUCCAACUCUCACCGCCGUAUCCUUGAGAUGCGCCGCCGCCGCCACCGCCGCAACGCCGCCGUUUCUUGAGAGAGAGAGAAAUUGAGGGGAAAAGAAACAGGGGUUAGAAUGCAAAAUU